AUAUCGACGGAUUACAAACUGACGUUGUUGCGCUACAUAGAGCUGGGCCGUGGCUUGGCAGACUGUUUUCUGAUGCAAGUGGGAGAAUUUAUGCGUGCCUUCAUCCUUGUUCUUUUCUCUGACAAAUAUGUCAUAGGCGAGCGUAUUGUGUGUGUGAACGCGGAGACCGGCAAGGACAACAAGUUCGCUGGCAAAAUGCAGGGACCCUAUGCGAAGCUGCUGCCGCUCACUCUCAAGGACACCAUGUUCGCCAUUCCUCAUCUCAGCCGUCAAUUCCAUUUAUUGAAACUCUCUGGUGAUAAAGGAGGAACGGUUGCAGUGAAGAUGGGUCCAAUAGUAAAUUCGGGUCACGAGUUGAAGCAGUUUAGCGGCUCAUUCGGCGUUAACUCGCUGGUUACCUUCGGCGCGGACGGCCACGUCGUUCUUCGCACGUCCGACAUUCCUCCUCACUACGAGUUUAAGGUAACAGUAUCCCAUCGCUACGAAGCCGGCGUGAUAGACGCUGUGGCGGAUGACACAAACUCGGCAAUAAUGCAUCUGGGGUCGAAUAGAACAGCUGCGGUGAUGUACCGCAAUGGAAUGCAGCCCGAGCUACGCGACGAACCUCAAGCUGACCCGCCCGACCCAAGCUUCUUUGAACAGUCCUCUAACACUAUUAACAUCAUUGAACAGAACGAUAAGAACUACCUGGACCAGCAAGAGGACAAGAAAGUGCAUGAGGAGUCACUUGACUACAAAAAACAGCGCGACGAGGUAGUGAAAUUGUUCCACACCCUGAAGACGCAGCUGGUUACUUUGCUUGAGGAGAAUAUCAGGGAGCCGCCGCUGCAUCAGCUCUCGCUCUCCGAGUUCAACCUACAUCUCGAAAAUAAAAAGGAACGCCUUAAGGCGGCGGAAAAGGAACGCGAAGAGAUUCGCUUGCAAGCAGAAGUCCUCAUUCGAGCGCAGGAAAAAGUAACUUUGUGGAUAAAGAAAACUUGUUGGGACACCAUGCUCACGCCACGUGUGAAAAUUUACGCUAUCUUCAGUCAUUAUCAGGUCGAGAAUUUUCCGGUAUUGCCAACGCAACGCGAGAUAUGGCCAGAACUGGAGCAGACGCGUGAGUUGCGUGCCAUCGAAAUGGAAAACAACGCGGAUGUGUUCCGGCCUUGGGAAGAGGUGGAGGAGCUUGUACAGCACACGGCCUCCGUCCCUAGCCAACCGCCAUUGGAGUCCCAGGUGUCGGUAGAAAGCAUCGGUGAGGCUGAGGAGACUGUUACUGGCCAGCCGUACGCGCUGGCUGGUACAAACGUGCACCGAUACGUGUCCGUGCCCUCCUUCCAUAUUCCACAGACACUUUCCUACUCCUUCCUACAGAUGAAUUGGCUCACACACAUCUCUAAGCUGAAUGUACAGAAUAUGCGCCUUUGGUUCAACAAACAGUUCGAUGAACUGAUGGCGACGAAGCGACGAGAAGUCGGGCUUGUCGAGGAGCGCAACACGCGUCUCCGCUUCAUAAUUGAAGAAUUGAACAAGCUAUCAGAUUUACGGGGCAGUUUCCAUCAUUUGCUAAUACAAAUCCGCGAUCCACAAUGGCGGCAGGAGGAAUUGCCGCAGUUGCUUACCAAAGUUGAGCCAGAUGAGUGCACUAUCCCGCCGUACAUCAGCCCGUCGCAGAUCGUGAUCGUGCCGCCGGACCCGGGGCCAAAGGAUGAUUUCCGCGAGCGCGCACUCAACGAGAUGAUGGACGGUGUGCUCGAGAAGCUCUGGCACGAGGAGAUUAAAAAGCCCAUUCCGAUGCCACAGUGCAUGUUGGAAAAGGACCCAGAGCACUUCAAUGAGGAGGACCUACGGCAGGUAUUCGAUUACGAGUCGAAGGUGCAGUUUCGGUGCGACGAGCGCGAGAAGUAUCGUAAGAUGCUGCACGCCGAGUACGCCAAGCUCUCGCAGGUGCUCAACGAGGGCAUCGUUAAGUUCAACGCUAAGGUGAAAGAGUUGUGGCUGACGCGGUUAAGAGUGGACUCGGUAAUUGGACAAGAGACGCUUAAUUUGAUGCGUCUGCGUCGUGUGAACCUUGACCGCGUCGAGGAGUCCGAGGAGAUCGAGAAAAUAAGAGCACAUCUGGCACGGUAUGAAAAAGAGGCAGAGGAGCUACAGGAGGAGUUGACACUGAUCGGCGAGCAGGCUGUAGAGUGCCAGGCAGCUUAUGACGCGCUUGCCUCUAAGGAUCGCUAUAUGGACCGCACCUUCAAGAACAACUUCACCGACCUCUCACCUGUCAUCGUGGAGCAGUGCUACAAAUAUUUCAAAAAGCGUCCCAAGUGGCACCAGCGCGCGAGCAUGAUUCCCGCGGUUCUCUACGAGCUGGCUAGUGCUAUCGCUACUGGCGUUCGUUCGCCGUUGCUGCAUUACGACUGCAUCGAAUAUUUUAAGGGGGUGGAGCUACUGGAUCAGAUAAGUAACAUGCCGGCCGUGCUGGACGAGGGCCUAUGGGUUUCUAUGUGUCGUCUGCGCCGUGUCAAGAUUGACAAUGAAAUUCGAAUGCGCGCUCUGGCGUUGGAAAUGGGAUAUGUGGAAAGCGCGAUGUCGACUUGGACACGCGCGUUGAGUGCGCGGCGGAACUUCGUUGCCAACGGCCAUCAGCACCUACAGCAGCAUCGCGAGCACGUACGAAACACCGCCAUGAACCGCACCAUACAGAUAGUAGUGCCUGCUGGACAAGUGGAGGUUGUGACAACCGGCCACUUUGAAGAUUUUGAAGAUGCAGCGCUUAUCCUGCGCUCCGACGUCGACGCCAUUAAUAAUCUCAUUAAGAAAGUGGGCGAUAUUAAACUGCGCAUGAUGCGCCGCCAAAUCGAGUUCCGCAAGGGAAUUCUCGCUAAGGAAUGGGAGCACGCACAGAUGAAGAUGAAACUGCGCCAUAUGCGUCAGGAGCUCUACUCCUAUGAGCGACUCAAGAUCCCUAAAGAACUUCAGUUCUAUUUGAAGAACAAAACGGAGGGUUACACAGAUGAAAUGGACUACAUGCGACUGGAAAAGGAGAUGGCUGCCAACAAAAUGUCUAUAGACCGCGUGCUGCAGGAAAGCGCACACCGCUGCGAAGAAAUACAGGUGAAAAUAAGUGAACUGGAAGCUGAAUCGGCUAAGUUGGAGAAAUUGAUCAUCAACUUACUCCUCAAAGUGUCGGAGAAACGCCUAAACGAGGAUCCGCUUGGCCCCAUUCGCAUCCGUCGAGUGUUCAAAAAAAGAUUAGAGGUGCUGAUGGCUCGUAGCCAGUUGAUACGCGAAGUGCAGGCCAACCACACUACUAUAGUUCUUCUGCAGACAGAGCUCGAGUUGCUACGACUCAAGACCUACCCAACACUCGCUAGUUUCCAAACAUUCUGCUAGUCGUGACGCCAACAUACGUAACUAUGAGGCUAGAUAGAAUAUAGAUUGUCUAGUAAUCCUAGUUGUCGUAUGACUUAAGUAUGUUUAUGUUUUUAAUAUCAACGUAUUUCGCGUUAUGUUAUCUACAAUUAAGUAGAGGAUAGCUUGCAUUUUAAUUUUCGCACUCUGGAUGCUGUGUAUUAUUUUUAAGGGAUGGAAAAGAAGAAACAAGCAAUAAGCAAGACAUAAUUAGAAAAUAACUUGCGUGACUCUUUGUCACU